AUGUUGGCCCCGUUGACUUUUUUACUCGUGUUGGGUCCGGUUUUUGCAGCACCGGAACCUUGGCCGUUCUAUUUGUUCAUUGCGUCUUUGGAGCAGAAUAAUCAGCAUUUUUGCUCAGGAGUGUUUGUCAAAAACACUCGAUUGGUACUAACUCCAGCUUCGUGUCUUGAACAACUACCAAAUUUGAGGAACAUUCAGGCGCGUCCUGACGCGCCCCCUUGGGAGACUUACUACGUUCGUGAUAUUCUCAUUUACCCAUCUUGGGACAAAUUGGUACUAUUUGACAAUGACAUUGCCUUGUUGUACUUGCACAAAACUCCCCAAAGGGCCAAACCGUUAAAAAUGGGUUCGGCUGGUUCUGUGUCGCGUCUUAGAGCUUAUGCAUUGGAACCAAAGACAAGACGCGUCAAUGUAACUUUUCUGGAACCUGUGAGUACCGAUAAGUACUGCAAAAGUACCGAAGCGGUAAUUUGUGCAAAAAAAUACAGACCAGACUGCAACAGUGAUUCUGGGGGACCUGUUAUAAAUGAACGUUAUAACGAAGUCGUUGGACUUCUUCCUGUGGUACCAUGGUAUACUUGUAACAAGGAUGACACCCAAGCUUUUGUGAGGUUGGAUAAUUACAAAGAUUGGAUUGAGGACGAGUACCAGAAGUUGUCCAAAAAAAAAAUAAAUAAAAAAAAUAAAAAUCUUAAUAGACAUGGAUAAUGUUACUAAGGUAGUACUAACUACUUGAAAUAAAAUAAACUUGUGCUAAAAUUGUGUUUUUGUAUUUCUUAAUAUGGUCAUUUUCAUAGAAAUAUAAAAAAAAAGAAAAUUCGUGGUUUAUUUAAUUUUGACACCAACAAGAACGGAUUUACGUCCACUUGAAAUGUUAUAGUUAUACGUAUUUUGGCCUAUUGUAAUUAUGAUGACUAAUAUUUUUUAAUGAAAAAAACGUAGUUUUAUUUGUUUUGCCACCAUUUGUCCAAUUUUGAGUCCACUUGAAGUGUUUUGGACUAAAUAAAAGUUGAAAACUCAAUCUGAAGAAAGUGAGAAGAAUUAUUUUAAUAAAAAUGAGAAAAAAAGAAGUUAAAUCUAAGAAUAAUAAACGGAAGUAGAAUCAA